CUACUGCUUUUUCUCCUUCAUUAUUUUCAUUUUCUUGGUGAGGAAAUGAAUCGUGAUAUGCUCUGAGAGAGACGUUGUAUUUCGCAAGCUUGUUACAAAAUGCAGACAAUGUAGAUGCAUCCCAGUUGGAAUUAAUUGGUGUUUUUGUGAAGUCUUUAUGUGCUAAAUCCAAAAGUUAG